AUGACAGUUGCUGGAGGUAACGGAUCCGGCAAUGCUAUCAAUAAACUCAACGAGCCUUAUGGUCUCUUUGUUGAUGAUAAUCAAACAGUGGUCAUUGCUGACUGUUCGAACCAUCGUAUUAUGCAAUGGAAAAAAGGUGACAUGAAUGGACAAGUCGUUGCUGGUGGCAAUCGCAAAGGUGCUGAACUGAAUUAUUUAAAUGUUCCAACCGAUGUAUUGAUCGACAAAGAGACGGAUAGUCUCGUCAUCUGCGACCGAGGGAAUCGACGAAUUGUACGAUGGUCGCGUCAUAGUGACACAACACAAGGAGAAAUCAUGAUCGACAAAAUCGGAUGUUAUGGAUUAGCCAUGGAUGAUCAUAUAUAUCUAUAUGUCAGCGACCAAGACCAACGUGCAGUAAUGCGAUAUCAAUUGGGAACGACCAAAGGCACUGUUGUAGCUGGUGGUAAUGGCAAAGGUCCUUCUGCCAGACAACUCGACAUACCAACUUAUCUCUUUGUCGAUCGACAACAGAAUGUCUACAUAUCAGACAGCAGCAAUCAUCGUGUAAUGAAAUGGAGCAAAGAUGCAACACAAGGCAUUACUGUCGCUGGAGGUUAA